AAGUCCAAAUCUUUGAAGUUAGGUUUAAGCGUUAAGCCUCUUCUCUUUUCUCUUAUUUUCUCGAGAAAUGUUGAGUUCACACUCUGAUACCCACUUUAAUGACCGUAACAGGAGAUUUCAAAAGCUCUACAGUGCAGAACCCAACUCCAAGUUCUCUCUCUCUCAUCUCAAGAAAGGCAUUCACAAUUUCACAUACACAAUUACACACGCACGCACUCAUUCACUCUCUCUCUGUCUUCUAAAUUUUUUUGAGAGACUCAUCAGUGUACUAAUACCCGAGCUGGCAUGGGCCAAAUGGCAGUUGUCGGCUUUAUACUUCCACAACAGCAGCAGCAUAGAAGCCGGGGAGCUGUAACCAGCAACACCCACCGUCUCCUUUUUCACCAUCAGUCCUUUUAACUCUUUAAGCCAUCAUCAUCCAUACUUGUUAUCUAUUUGCCCCCACCCAACUUUUAUGGCCAUGGAUAGGAGCUUGGAGUAGAGAGACCCACCUCCCAUGGAGAUGAGUUCUGGCUCUGUUGCUGUGUCUGCGGCUUCUGGUUCCUCCGAUUCUAUCAAUGGAUUGACAUUCGGUAAGAAAAUAUACUUUGAAGAUGUGGGUAUUGGAAUCCCUGCCAAAUCAGGUUGUGGGUCGUCGUCGUCGUCGGUAUCGGUUACUGAGGAGCCCAUGGCAGCGCCGACGAAGAAGGGGAGAGGGGUUGUGCAGGGCGGGCAGCCUCCUAGGUGCCAGGUUGAGGGCUGUAAGGUGGAUCUGAGCGGUGCCAAGACUUAUUAUUCCAGGCACAAGGUUUGUGGUAUGCACUCCAAGUCUCCUAAGGUCAUCGUUGCAGGCUUGGAGCAGAGGUUCUGUCAGCAGUGUAGCAGGUUUCAUCAGCUUCCUGAAUUUGACCAAGUAAAGCGGAGUUGUCGUAGACGUUUGGCAGGGCAUAAUGAGCGUCGGAGGAAGCCACCGCCUAACUCUUUAUUAUCUUCACGCUGUGGGCGGUUGUCCUCUUCUCUCCAUGAAGCCAGCAGUAGAGUUGGAGGCUUUGUCAUGGAUUUUACAAUGCACUCAAGGCUGCCUACAAGGGAAGUGUGGCCGACUGCAAGAGAUGGUGAUAGGGUAUCUGGCAACCAACCCAUGGGUAUGGGGAAGUUAUUUCCACAUCAUUGGCAAGGGAACUCAGAAAGUCGACCAGCUAAUGUCUUCUCUCAUCUGUCCCACACGUAUAUGCAAGUUCCAGCAGGUGGAACGGCCUUCUCCAAUGCAGGAAUUCCUCCAGUUGAAUGCUUUGCAAGAGUCUCUGACUCCAGUUGUGCUCUCUCUCUUCUGUCAACUCAGCCAUGGGGCUCCAGAAACCAAGCAUCCGGUCUUGAACUGGACAACUUUAAAGAUGCGGAAGGAGCUCCAAUGGUCCAAUCAAUGGCACCCCAUGGUGCUGUAGGAAGUAACAUAACAAGAAACACAUGGAGUUUCAAGGGCAAUGAAGCCAGUAUUAAUCGCUCACAACAAAUGCCACGUGAUAUGGGCAUGGGACAACUCUCACAAUCUGUUGAUAAUCAGUUCUCUGAUGAGCCUGAGUUAGCUCAGCAGGGGAGCCGUCCAUACAUUGGACUAGGAAGCGCCAGGGGAUGUGGCUCUUCCAAUAAUCAGAUGCACUGGUCCCUCUAGAGAUUCUGAAGCAGACACCAUGCUUAGUACUUGGAUUACUUCUGACCAUUCUCCAGGUUUGCAUGGAUGUGGGAUCUCUCUUUUUUGUGUUAUUAUACUCUUUAAAAUUUACUUGGGAAUACUGAGUUUAGAUCUAGUGGAUGUGUUUGCUAGUAUUGGGAAAGAAGACCAUUAUCUUUGUAUUACCGAACUAACGAUGUUGUCGGCAGCUAUGGUGGUUUGAAACAAUAUCAUUUUGGACAUGACAUUGGAUGGUAUUGUCAAUAUUAUCUUAAAUUGUGGAACA